GGGAAGCAAACCCGAGUCCUCUCGCUUGUGAGGAAUCUAAAUGUCCUCCAAAGAUAAAGAAGAACAAGAGGACGAGCUGCUGGCUGUUGCUAGUAUUUAUGAUGAAGAUGGGUUUAAACGUGCUGAAUCUGCUCAGGGGGGAGAAAUAAGCAUUUGCGUAGACUUGCCGGCAGCCUUCAAAAUACUGGUCAGCGGUGAUGAAAAGAAUGAACCUCUUGAAUACUCCAUCUCUUUUCUGCCACCUCUUGUGCUGAACUUUGAACUUCUUCCAGACUAUCCAUCAACGUCAGCUCCUCAAUAUACCCUGAGCUGCAAGUGGCUUUCUCAAUCUCAGCUCUCUAUUCUUUGUAGCCGUUUGGACAAUCUGUGGGAAGAAAACCAUAGAAAUGUGGUGCUAUUUUCCUGGAUGCAGUUCUUAAAAGAAGAGACGCUGCCUUUCCUGUUUAUCAAAUCCCCGUUGGAAAUCCAAAUUAAUAAUAAAGGCAGAGUGGACUCUAUUUUGUCCAUUAACAAGAAGAAAGAACAGGAUGAAAUACAGGAUUUAAAAGAAUUUCCCCUGGACCAGAGGGCUGUCCAGGAUGUGGAGUCGUGGGCUGGCGUUUUACGUGAAAUCUUGGACUUUGAUCAAAACCAACAACAGAAAACUUUUAACAGAAAGAUGUUCAUGUGUAACAUCUGUUUCUGCGAAAAGCUGGGAAUUGACAGCAUGUACUUUAAGGAGUGCAAGCACGUACACUGCAAGGCUUGUUUGAAAGAAUAUUUUGAGAUUCAGAUCAGGGACGGCAAUGUUCAGUGCCUCAAUUGUCCGGAGCCAAAAUGUGCCUCUGUUGCCAUACCUGCUCAGGUCAAGGAGCUUGUUAAGGAUGAGCUGUUUGCCCGGUACGACCGUCUUCUGCUUCAGUCAUCAUUGGAUCUCAUGGCAGACGUGAUGUAUUGCCCUCGAACCAGUUGCCAAUCACCAGUGAUGCUUGAGCUUGGCAGCACCAUGGGAGUUUGCCCGGGAUGCCGUUAUGCUUUUUGUGCACGAUGUAAAAUGACUUACCAUGCGGUUUCCCCAUGCAAGUUAAAAGCAGAAAAGCUUGCUGAGCUGCAAGAUGAGUAUUUACAAGUAGACGAAGCCGGCAGAAAGCUUUUGGAACAGCGGUAUGGACGCCGAGUGAUUGAGAAAGCAAUGGAGGAAUUGCACAGUCAAGAGUGGCUGGAGAAGAACUCAAAGCCCUGCCCGCGAUGCUGCACAGCCAUUCAGAAGGAGAAUGGAUGCAAUAAGAUGAUGUGCACUGGUUGUAAGGGAUACUUCUGCUGGCUCUGCCUAACUUCACUGUCGAGAGCCAAUCCAUAUGGCCACUACAGCGAUCCUUUAUCGCCCUGCUUCAAUGAGCUUUUCCAACGUAUUGAGUUUGAAGAAGAGGAUGAUUUCCUGAGCGACGAAGAUGAUGAGAUUGAUUAAGUUUUCAUGAUUCAACAUUAUGUUCUGUUUAUUUGCUAAUAAUCAUUUGAAUUGAUGAGCUGCUAUUAUCUUUGAUGUAUCCAACACUUUCCCAGACAUCCCUCGGUGAUUGUAGUUCAUUUUAUGACUUAGUAUGACAGCCUGUGGCUCAGAAUGUACGACAUUAUUAUGUUUUUAAGUUUCAUAACAUAUAUAUGUGUGCGUGUAUAUACUUAAUUCCGAUGUUUAUACACACACACAUUUGUAAUAAUACAAAAACUUGAGUAAGUGAGGCAUACAAGUUUGAGAAGAAGAUUGCAUUGCAUUUAACUUGAAACAGCCUUUGAAGGAAAGCACUGUUGGUAAUUGAGUGAAAUCCGAAGUCUUAACAUUGUGUCUAGUCUUCAAAAAUAAUCAGUUACAAAGAAUGAUUAAUUGAAGGUCCUUUUCUUCUGAUAAACUCCCCUUUUCCUCAAUCUUAGUUUCACACACAGGGAUGUGUUCUCAGGCCUCACUGGACCUGGCAUCUGAAUGAAGGUGUUUGGAAGAUGACAUGAACCCCUGAGAUCUAAAAACUAUGUUUUCAUUCAGUUGUGAAUAUGAAUCCUGCUCCACACCAUUUUGCUCAGAAUUACAACCACAAAUCCAUCUCCUCCCGAUGCAGCCAGCUGUUGCUAUUUACCAAAAUACAGUACUCAACAUUUGCGCAGCUAAAUAAAAGGAUGUUCAGCUUAAUGAUAAUUCUUUGUACCUGACUAACUUUAAAAAGCGGAAUGACAAUAGUGAGAUUUUCUCUUUUGUUAAACUAAUCCCAAAAGGUAUGAUAUGAAAUAUGAUUCUGAAUCAUCUAGCCUACUGAAGCCACGUUUUAUUGCUUUUGCAAAUAUAUGUAAUUGUAUCUUUUUCCUCUUUUGAGAGAAUCUCUAUUUUUCCUCUUUGAGAGAUUUGAGUAUCCGAGGGUAAGUAAACACACGGUGUUAAUGCAAUUCACUUCCCUGGCUGACCAGGCGACUUGAAAGGGGAAGAAAUUCAAGGGGAAGUAUUUGUGUGUUCAAGGUAUUCCUAGUCAUAAUAAAUAUGAAGAUCAUAAUAAAAUUAUA